AGCUCCACGAAAAGAUGUUUCGGGGCAGACAGUGAAUAGGUAUGUACCCUGAAUGAGAGCAAACUGCUGCUGAAUAUAAUUUGCUUGCAUUUGUCAUAUUCGCGUAGCUCCUCUCCAUCGCAUCCCUUUGCAGCAAAAUCAUGGCGAAGAAGAAGAACACGACGCAGAACGUUGCGGAAGGCUCGGGCGACAGUACGCCUAUGCCCUCCCCCCUUCCCUCGAGUCCGGCAUCAUCAGCUUCGACUUCAAACUCGAAAGCGAAGGAGAAGAGUGCGAAGACGAAACCACCGCAACCUUCGACUUCUGCAUUGAUUAUUUGUCGCAACAAGUAUGUGUCUGGACUCUAGCAUUGUCCUUUUCAUGUCUCCCUUUUGGUGCUGCUGCUGGUGCUGUGGGAGCUGGAGCUGGAGCUGGCGCAUGAGUCGAAAUAUACCUGAGGAUGCACUUUGGAUAUAAUUUACAAACUGACAAUUCACCAGACAUUGGCGGUAUAUUUCCUCAUUCCAUGGCCCAUGGCUACAAUUGCCUCCCGAAGUGCUAGAAAGCCUCGCAAACAACAACUACAACCUCCCUCGUCCGCGACCAAUUGACCCCGCCGUCUUCUUCGACCUUCUCAAGAUCCGAAAGCUCGUCGACGAUGCUACCAAUCUCGCAGUACGCGCCGCAAGCGGUGUCACUUCCUCCGCCCUGACAAACUCACUCAAUGCCGGCAAUGGAUUACUAGGAAAUGGAGGAGCAGCACUGGGUCUAGGGCUUGGUGGGGGAGGGGGAAAUGCGAAAUUGAGUAGGGAGCGGAAACAUCGAAUGCGCGAACAGGCAACGCAGAAGUUAUCCAAGGCAUAUCAUCUAGAUGAGAUUGCAUGUAGUGUUGCGACGAUGCAAUCUGCGUCCACGCUUGAGGACGUGGCUCGUCUUGUAUUACAGCGCAACCCACUAGAUGCGGAUGCCAAAUAUGUUCACUUCUUCCAUGAAAAGAUUCCUUCCAGGCACCUGGCGGAAUGUACGAGUCUUGAGCCGCUGGAUGAAGUCAUUGCGGAAAGACCUAAUGAAGGGGAGAUUUUGAGGACGAGAGCUGUUACUAAGAUAUUCAAGGAGGACUAUUUUGGAGCCGCGCAGGAUUUAACCGCUGCGUUACAGGUGUGUCGGUACUUUCAAAAUCAACAUAAAGCUGGACGGCAGCAACUUCAAUUGGCAAGCGAGGCGAGAGAAGAAGCUCAACGGAAUAGUAGGUGGAAGGAAGAAAUUAAGCUGGAUGAAGAAGACCACCCUAGUAGUCUUGAAACUCAGUUGCUUUUCCAUAGAGCUGGUGUUUAUUUGACUAUUGCUUGUCAACAUGUCAAUGCUGCCUUGCCGCCAAAAAGCGCAACAAAUGGAGUUAAUGGCAAAAAGGAAAAUGCUGAUCCUAACACUAAUGGAACAAAUACCGAACCACCAGAGCUGACCCCCGCAGAGAAAGAAACUUUGAGAAGACGUCUUGAAGCAAGAAAGAUUGUUAAGACCAAUGCAAAGAGAGCUCUACGAGAUUAUCUUGGCUAUUUGUCCCAUUUUGACUACACUCCAGGUCUCCCCGCUGAAAUAGCCGAGGAUUUCGUACGCAAAGUCAACCAAGCGGCAAAUGGUUUCAAGACCCCAAGAUCUCAUACUAGCAAUAAGAGUCUUGACCUUGAAAGUAAUGCUUCUCUAAGCAAUGGUCAACUUUCGGAUGCUCUAGUACCCCAUAAAGGAAAUCAUCGCUCCCGACCUCAAGGUAGCGCUUCUCGUGCGGAUCUACCCUCGCUUCCACCUCCUGUGGUUCACCAAAUGUCCACGCUCUUCUCGGCCACCCCUCCCGCUGAUCUACCUCCUUACCCAGAAACAGGAACUGCUUUAAGAACCAAGCAACAACUCUUGACCCCACAAAAUGAAGCCGCCAAAGCCAUUCUCGCCCAAACGGAUUGCCACGAAGCACUAACCUAUCACCCACUUUUAACAGACGCCCUUCAUUCCCUCCUUCUCUGCCACUGUCUAGUCCAAACCUCAACCCGUGAACUCCAACGUCACGCUUACAUGGUCUCUCGCCUUGCCCGAGUCUGCGAUGGCUAUCCCAUCUUCCAAGCUGCCCGUUCCCCAAGCCGAGCCGAUUGGAUAGAAGUCCUCCGCCGCUCAUCAAGUACCAUCCCCCUCUCCGCCUCGUGGGAAUCCCUCUGUGCCCCCGCUCGCCUCCCCGGCCACGGAACCAGCGGCGCAAACGCACAGAAAGAGACCCUCGCCGACAAGAAAGAGAGGCUCAAGCAACAAGCUAUCAUGGAAGCCUUGGAGGAUGAUCGAGUCCACGAUGAAGCUUCCUUCCAAGCUGCGGUCGCCGCAAGACAACGCAGACAGGAGGAGGAGGCACGUAAAGCGGAGGGUCGCGAGAUGCCCAAGCGCUGGGCGCAGGAUGAGGGGAAGGAGUAUCCUAUUAGUACGGAAAGGGCGCAGGCUAUUGUGAGGUGGAUUCGAGAGGCGCCGUUGGGCGGCGAGGUUGGAGCGACGAGGAAGAAGAAACGUGCUACUAAGAUGGGCACUAAGGGGAAGGAGAGGGCGGAUGGUAUGAUGGAUGGUGUUGAGAAAGGGGUUGAGGGGUUGGCGGUGGGCGUGAAUGACACGGUACAGGAUGGCUUCCUGGUUGUUGAGGAGGAGGUUGAUUGAUUAGUUUAGCCCAGCCCAGCACAGAUGUGUGUAGUAGUACAGUAUAGUCCUGCUGGGAACUUGGUGUGUGUCGUGGAUUCCUAGGUUCCUUGGAUGGAUCUUUUUGUCAUUUGUGGGGGGGAUUCUUUUUGGGUUGAAGAGAUCUGAUGUGUGGAUCUUGGUUCUUGGAUGGGUG